AUGGCUCCACCGGCAUGGCUUCCACCCUUGAAUUCACAUGAAAAUUCCUUCAUAAAUGUUGAGAUCGACGAAUUGCAAUCCGUUCGAAGUUUUGGGGACCUCAGGUUCUUGAUCUUGCUUCACGUCGAUGUCGAUUUCUACUCGGAGAACGAUGAGCACACGGGGGUGGUGUUUCCGGGCUAUUCCAUCACUCACACCAGACCGAUCAACGUAAAAGGUGCAGAAUCUCUGGAGGAGUCAUUGUGGGAUCUCAUCCUGGACGAAGAUCUCAUCCCCUUCCCAUUGCGCAACUGCUGUUGGACGGAACCCCAACUCCACGGCCGUCAGUGGCAGUUGCUUCUACUUACCAACGAAGAUGAGGUCGUUGGGAAAAUCUCUGAUUUCCUUCGUUUGGUGCACAAUAAACCAAAGAACAAGGACAUGAUGGCAUUGGUGCGCUUGGAGAUCCGGAAAGACGUGAUGGUGCCUGCGGAGGAAUUCGCGUCGUGGGUUUCUUGGUUUGAUGAGCAGAAACGGAUUGACCCCACAUUUGAGUAUGAAUACAGUAAAGCCAUCAGAAGACCGCGUGACAUGAGCGAGGUUCAGCAAGAAGCGGAAUCGUUAAUGGCGAGGCGUCCGGCAAAGAUAGUCAACGGGGAGCUACAGAAUGUGGCUGUGAAUGGCGGAAAAGAUGAUGAUGGAGCGUCGAUGUUGGCGAAAGAGUCAUGUUCCAUAUGUUUGGAAGGGUUUUCCAAUGGGGGACGCGGGACGAGGCUGCCUUGCAGUCAUAUGUUCCAUGAAAAUUGCAUAUUGAGGUGGCUGCGGGAAAAUCAUGUUUGUCCUUUGUGUCGCUAUGAGUUGCCCAUUGACGAGUAA